CUUGUUUGUGUAUAACUUCGAUCGCGUCUCUUCGGUGCGAAAACGUUUUGAUUUUCUCGUAAGUUUUAAAGUGCAGAAAACGCAGUAAAAAUGUCGUUUAAAGGUUCCAAAGUGCAGAAGGUGAUGGUACAACCCAUCAACUUGAUUUUCCGCUACCUCCAGAAUCGGUCCCGCGUUCAGGUUUGGCUGUACGAGAACACUCAUCUGCGGAUAGAAGGUCACAUCGUUGGAUUCGACGAAUAUAUGAAUCUGGUUUUGGACGAAGCCGAGGAAUACAACAUUAAGAAGCAGAAUCGACGCCAGCUGGGACGGAUAAUGCUGAAGGGAGACAACAUCACGCUGAUCCAGAACGUCCAAUCGCACUGAUGCUGCUACUCGAUAAGGGAAUGUGGAGUGAAACCGACAGCUGCAGUUGUCUACUGGUUGUACUGGAUUAUAAUUACUAGUGUAUCUUUUGCUGGAAUCUGUGAACGAAAAGCUAUCAUAAGCAUAAAUAAAAUUAGAUUAUUGGAGUA